AUGCAGCUGCCACCCUUUGACAUGUGGAAGGACUACUUCAACCUGAGCCAGGUGGUGUUGGCACUGAUCCAGAGUCCGGGACAAAAGCCAGAGGCCCAAGGGGUUGGGGAGCCACGACCUGGGCCCCGGCUGGGGCAGGAUGAGGGGCUGGUAGCGCUGGGGGCCAGCGGAGGCCCAGGGGCCAGCCUGGGAGGCCCGGCCACCCUGUGUAACUUCUGCAAGCACAACGGAGAGUCUCGCCACGUCUACUCCUCACACCAGCUGAAGACACCAGAUGGCGUGGUGGUGUGUCCCAUCCUACGGCACUACGUGUGUCCCCUGUGUGGGGCCACUGGUGGCCAGGCCCACACGCUGAAGUACUGCCCACUCAACGGUGGCCAGCAGUCUCUCUACCGCCGCAGUGGGCGCAAUUCGGCUGGCCGCAAGGUCAAGCGCUGA